AUGAAGGCAUCAUCCAACAGUUUAUUUGCUGCUCUUUUUGCCGCUGGCACUCUUGCUGCUUACGUUCCAUCUGAGCCAUGGACUACUUUAACGCCUAGUGGAAAGCUUGCUGGUUCAACCACUGACUAUGCCGGACCUUUCGGUAUUUUCAUUUCCACCAUUUCUAACGGCACUUCAUCUACUACUGCUCCAUCGACUACGGGCACUGGUGCUGUGACCUCAUCUACCACUGCUAUCUCUCAGAUUAGCGAUGGUCAGAUUCAGGCAACCACCAAGCAGGUGGUCUCGCAGAUUGGAGAUGGUCAGAUUCAGGCUACAACUGCAACUAAGCAAGUUGUUUCACAAAUUGGUGAUGGCCAGAUUCAGGCAACCACUGCCACAAAGCAAGUUGUCUCACAGAUUGGCGAUGGUCAAAUACAAGCUACCACUGCUACCAAGCAGGUCGUCUCUCAAAUUGGUGAUGGCCAAAUCCAGGCUACCACUGCAACUACUGCCACAAAAGCUGUUGUCUCCCAAAUAAACGAUGGUCAGAUACAAGCUACCACAGCCACUACCGCAACCAAGGCAGUUGUUUCUCAGAUUAACGAUGGCCAGAUUCAGGCUACUACAUCCACAUCCACAAAGUCUGUUGCUUCUCAGAUUAGUGAUGGUCAGAUCCAAGCUACUUCUUCGACUCUUGUCAAGAGAGCUGCUGCUACUACUGCCGUUCACCAGGUCGGUUGCAAGAGUUCCGAGUCUUUGUCUCUGUCAUUAAACAGCACUGUGUUAACUGACAGUCACGGAAGAAUUGGAUCUAUUGUUGCUAACAGACAGUUCCAGUUUGAUGGCCCACCACCACAGGCUGGUGCCAUUUAUGCUGCUGGAUGGUCUAUCACUGAUGAUGGAAAAUUGGCCCUUGGUGAGAACACUACAUUCUACCAGUGCUUGUCUGGAACCUUCUACAACUUGUACGACGAGUCAAUUGGUGCCCAAUGCACUGCUGUCAACUUCUACGUUGUCGACUUGGUUGACUGUUAA